GACAAAAAAGAGAGGGUUUUGGAGUUUGGAUUUAUGUCAUACUGGCCUGGUUUAUUUUCCGUCGUCCUUCUCUUCCCGCUCGAGCUUGCAAAAGCCGUUUCCGAACACCAUCGAUGUGGUACUUAUGUGUGUUUUACCACAGGUUGCUCGAUUACCGGAAACCUGAAGUCGAGUCUUUGGCCGACCUUUUCGGAGCUUUUGAAGACAACCGGAGCAACAGGGUUUUACGAUGGCGGCUGCCCCAACACCAUCACCCUGACUCCCCUUUCCAUUUCGUCGAUUUGCCUACCGAAGGCAUCGCCAGGAACGUCGCUAAUCGAAGUAUACUGGUGAAGGGGAUUUAUGAACUUUGGGGUGAAGGAACUAGCUAUGAGGAGCUUGAAGAGGCUAUUAAAAGCUACCCGGAUGAACGUAAGUUGCCACAUUUGGGGUCUGAAAGUACGUUUAAGAUUACUGUUGAUAGUUUCGGGAAGGUUAUGAGCCUUCAGGAGCAUAAUGAACGGAUUCGGGGACUCUCUUAUAUUCCUUUCAAGGGUCGAGUUAAUUUAAAGAAUCCUGAUAUCAAUUUCUGGCUCAUGGAAACUGAUGAUUCUGCAACUAACAACGGGCUUCCGCCAGUUGCACAAAGGAGAAUAUUCUUUGGUAGGGAAGUUGGUGGAGCAGAUAGGAAACUUAUCCCCACGUAUCAAUUGAAAAGCCGAAACUAUCUUGGCCCGACAGCAAUGGAUGCAGAAAUGGCUUUCUUAAUGGCCAAUCAAGCACAGGCUGCCCCUGGGAAACUUGUGUAUGACCCUUUUGUUGGCACGGGGAGCAUUCUUGUUUCAGCAGCUCGCUUUGGAGCCAUGACGAUGGGUGCAGAUAUUGACAUUCGAGUAGUGCGUGAUGGGCUUGGCCCUGACUGUAAUGUCUGGAGCAACUUCAAGCAGUACGGAUUGCCAAUGCCAAUUGGUUUGUUGAGGGCAGAUAACAACCUUCCUCCUUGGCGUCCCGGAUUAAAGGAGGUGUUUGAUGCAAUAAUUUGUGAUCCGCCAUAUGGUGUUCGGGCUGGCGGACGGAAAUCCGGUGGUCGAAAAUUGCUCAAGGGAGUUGUUGGACCUUACACUGUCCCCGAUGACAAAAGGGCAGACCAUAUACCAUCAACUGCACCUUAUAGCUUAGCCGAGUGUGUGCACGACUUGCUUGACCUUGCUGCUAGGAUGCUUGUAAAGGGUGGCAGGCUUGUGUUCUUUUAUCCCGUGUCUAGAGAAGAUGAUUCGUCGGAAGAUCAUUUCCCGGAGCAUCCAUGUUUCGAGUUGGUUGCCAGUUCUGAACAGAUACUCAGCUCGAGAUAUAGUCGGGUUUUACUCACCAUGGUAAAGACAUCCCCAUACACCGAGGAACUCGCAUUGGCGGCUCGGAUAAAGCAUUUGGAGUUCAAGGAGAAUCAUGCCAAGUGGUUAGAAGAGGGUAACAAUCUUCACUCUUCUGUUUUCAGUCCGGCAGAGGUUGUUGAAUCAGGUGAUGCGAAAGUGAGUAAAGAAUCAAAGCUCAAAUACAGAGGGAAAUAUGUGUAGUCUCUGCUGCUGUUUUGACUUAAAUAUUGUGGUCAUCCAUGUUUUUAUUCUGAAUGACAGUGAUGAAAAGAUUGCUUGCAAGUAGCAGACAGUAGAUGUAAUGUUGUUUUAUUC